AUGGUCUCCAAGGACGAGUUGACGGCGAUGCUUUCGAAUGUGCCAUACCUUGAUACUUACCUUCAGUCGAAUAAACCGGUUAGUCGGACGCAGUCCAAGUCCGUGGUCCUGCAGGACAUUCCGGCCCACGACCUAACUCAUGACCUACCUCCUGCUCAUGAUCUGACAGCUCACGACCUGUCAGCUUACGACCACUCGGCAGUUCACGACGUGACCGCUCUGGCGGAGCAGUCCCGGGUUCGUGCAAGCGAGUCUAGACGGUCGUUGGCCUCGGCUGGGCACCAGACGACUUUCAGCAGCGUGGCAGUCCAGGCGCCUACGAGCGGCCCGGUGUUGUCCAGCGGUUCGGCCCUGAUGCGGAGUGGCUCGAGUUCGAAUGCGCGGCCACCGGCUGCCGAACCCCCUCCGCCGGUACAGAGUCGUGUGGGAGACAUGGUGGUCGUGGUGCCCCCCAGUGGCCAAGGCCCGAGCCUGGAGAAGGCAACCUUGAUCGAAAACGCUAACCUGGACGGACCCGAGGACGUCGCCAGCAGCAACCAGUCCAGCUGCAGUUGGCUGGAAGACCGCCACACCGAGUUGUCUUCCAGCAACGAAGAGAGUCCGCGCAUUCGACCUGUUGACGCGCGUGGCGACGUGCGUGGCGACGCGCGUGGCGACGGCGCAGGUCGAGAGCGUAGCUCGGGACUAAUUGUGUCUGCGGGGGUGCCGAUGGAGUUUGUAGACGGCGAGCGCGAGGUGAGGAUGCUGCGUCCGAGUGACAACGUCGCGAGCGACACCGUGGCGAGCGGCAACGUGGCGAGCGGCAACGUGGCGAGCGGCAAUGUGCCUAGCGACAACGUGCCGGAGCAAGUGCUAUUUGAUAAAUGGACUCCGUGGGAGGAGGAGUCGUAUGGUACUCAGUCGUUCCCUCAAGCGGCCGGACCAAGCGACGACUCGGAGGUGGAGGAUCAGGAUGAAGACCUGUACAUGGUCGGACCGGGUCCGUCGCCGAUGGUGACAGAAAUGCUGGCACGUGUGAAGCGGGAGGUGGAGGUAGAGAGCGAAAUUAACGACCUGGACGCACUAGUCGCGAACAUCCUCGACCAGUACGAUACUUGUGGGGGUGACUACCUGGACCUGGACUCCUUCCGUCUUUACGUCGACCACCAUAACGGUCUUCUCAAGUUAUUUUCUGACUGUCUCCGUGAAGACGUGUGGAGCCUUAAGGGUCACGCCCUCAGCAGACAGCAACCCCCUGUAAUAACCGAUAUACAGAAACUGGAGAACUGGAUCGGUGUCUCUAAACAGUUCCAAAAGGCUGCGCCCAGACAGGCCAGCCUGCACCCCGUGGUUACCCCUGUGGAGGACUUGGAGGAUUCUUUGAGUGGCAGCACGCCGGCCGGCCAUUCUUUCGGCAGCAUCGUUGGCAGCAAAAAGUCGGACGCUGUGGUGGGCGGAGACGUUGCGGUAGGCGGAGACGUUGCGGUGGGCGGAGACGUUGCGGUAGGCGGAGAGGACGUUACAGCGUUCCUGGGGCUGAAGAACAAGGUGGGACAGGACCGACCGGGGCAGUCCGAGACGGCGCCGAUGAAGGGGGGGGCGGACCAUCGCCACCAGACGGAGUUGAAUUGCCCCUCGUGCCUGGCGCCGCUCGUCGUGUGUCCGAAGUGCAACGGGCGUUAUACGACGGAGUUAAAGCUGGAGAAUGAGGCGGUGUUUUUACGCUGCCGCGCCUGUAGAGACUCGCGUUUUAACGAGUGUUGGGUCUGCGGGUUUCGAUUUAGCCAAACCCUUCAGUCUCCAACCUCAGAGAUCCUGAUCGAAGGCAACCUCUUUACCGCCCAGGGCACCAAGGUGCACUGCCGGCUAGUCGACCGUUUAUUGUACUACUUUGAAACAGAUGCAGACAAAGUCCCUUCCGGCUUCAUCUUCCUAGAAGGCUGCUACGUGGAGCCUGUCAAGUCCGUGCCCACCACAGUUUCCGCCAGCCGCCGUCCAGGCCGCACCGCCUCGGGCAAGACGCUCAAGUCCGACGCUUACCAGGUCGUGAAAGGAACCGACACCCGUGUGCCGGACCCUCGGACCAAGGUGCUCUCUCCGCCAGGGAUUCAGUCGUCUUCUGUCGAGCCUACUGCGGGCCAGCCCUCUCCUCAGUCUAAGGGGACUGGGACCCUGUCUACUGCACCUGGAAUCCAGGUCACUGGGACCCAGCCCACUGUAUCUGGAAUCCAGUCAACUGGAAUCCAGUCAACUGGAAUCCAGAUCACUGGGACCCAGUCUACUGCAACUGGAAUCCAGUCUACCGGAAUCCAGUCUACCGGAAUCCAGUCAACUGGAAUUCAGUCAACUGGAAUUCAGUCAACUGGAAUUCAGUCAACUGGAAUUCAGUCAACUGGACUACCCACCCGGGGGGCUUCCAAAACGCGUCUGGGCGCCAAUGCCAUGCUAGGCGGAGAGCUGGCAUCCGCCUCGUUGUCUCUGGCUCUCGGUCACGCAUCAAACUCCACCCACUCGGGGCUCGCACCUCCCGGUCAAGUCCAUGAACAGACAAUAGCACCUCCUGGACCGGGCGCGGUACGGACGGCAGGUGGAUUGACCCCCUCGUCUUCGAUCGGCAACGCCCAAGCGUCCACGACAGGCACAGUACAGAGCACGCCAGGCGGGAUUGACGGCGAAAGGAGAGGGUCGCUCCAGAAGGAGAGGGUGCACGACAAUAGAACGCAAGUCGGGGCGACACAGAAUCCCACACACAGUCAGGACCCGACACAAGGCCAAGGGCAACGAGUCAAGGGAGUACAAGGUCAAGGGCAGCCAGGCAAGGGAGCCCUGGGCAAGGGGGCCCUGGGUAAGGGGGCCCUGGGUAAGGGAGCCCUGGGUAAGGGAGCCCUGGGCAAGGGAGCACAAGGCACGUCCAGUGGUCCCGAGGUAUCUGAUGGGGGCGUGACGUAUGGAUUCCAGAUUCUGCCCGAACGACGUGUUUUUUUCGCGGAGAAUGAGGAGGCUCGUAAUUCAUGGAUACACGCGAUUCGAUCGGCUCUAAGUCAGCAGCCGAUAAACGAUUUGUACGAUAUGCUUGAGACGAUUGGUCACGGCAAGUUCUCUGUGGUAUAUCGCGCAACGGAGCGAGCGACAGGUGAUUCAGUUGCUAUCAAGGUGGUGCACAAGAACCGUAUGACUUCUCAGGAGAAGGAUUUGUUAAGGUCAGAAUUAAAUAUAAUGCGCAUGUUGCGUCAUCCACAUGUGAUAUACCUGAAGACGGUGGUUAGUGCGCGAGAUAGUCUAUAUAUUGUAAUGGAGAUAGUGCCGGGUGGAGAAUUGUUUGAGGCAGUUACAAGACAAGGGCCUAUUGCUGAGACGGCCGUGCAUCGUUUAACUGUGCAACUGCUUAAGACUUUGGCUUAUUUACAUAAAAGUGGUAUCGUUCAUCGUGACCUUAAACCCGAAAAUAUUCUCCUUACGUCCAAAGAUGUGCUUCAAGCCGACGUCAAAAUUGCUGAUUUCGGACUCUCAUGCCUCUGCGGACCCAACGAGCGGCUCAAACAACCCUGUGGCACACUGGUCUAUGCUGCUCCUGAAGUCCUCACCAUGAAAGGCUAUAAUCAUAAAGUCGAUCUAUGGAGCCUUGGGGUCGUUGUAUACCUUCUACUAUGCGGCAAGCUUCCCUUCCCUGUUAUGCGGAAUGUACAAAUACUCAACGAUCUAGAUUCCUUCUAUAAAGUCAAAUAUGACUCCCCACCCUGGAACAAUGUCAGCAGAACCUGUCAAGACUUCGUUUCUAAAUUACUUGUUGUAAAUCCCGAAAGUCGAGUCUCAAGUCAAGAAGCUCUUAAUCAUAUAUGGAUCAAGAACCCGACCGCUGUUAUUGGAGAAUAG